UGGAUUCUCACUUUCUCAUGGCAGUCACAAUGCUGUCUGGUGUCAUCCUGCUGCUCCUCCUCACAGAUGUGGUGAACACUGAGGGCAACUGCAGCUAUCAGGAUGUUUUAAAUCACUUGAAUGUGAAGAAGGACAAUGAGCUGUUCUUCAUGACCCGACCUGUGAAAAACUUCAGACGGCCCACGCAGGUGUCCCUGGAGGUUCUGCUCUAUGCUAUUCUGGAUGUGGUUGAGAAAGACCAGAAAUUCAUUCCUUAUGUUUGGACCGUCACUAGGUGGAACAAUGAAUACAUUUCCUGGGAUCCAGAUCAGUUUUGUGGAAUUAAUAAUGUUUCUCUUCCCACUGAAGUUUUGUGGAAGCCAGAUCUCACUAUUGAAGAAAUGACAGAGAAGGACAAAGCUCCUCCGAGUCCUUAUCUCACCAUCAACAAUAAAGGUGACGUUGAAGUCCAGAAUGACCAGGUGCUGGUCAGCACCUGCAGGAUGCACAUUUACCAAUUUCCCUUCGACACUCAGAGCUGCAACCUGUCCUUCAAGUCUGUCAUUCAUGCUGCCAAAGACAUCCGUCUCCAGGCAAGCGACAACUCCUCAGAGGCCACCGAGUGGUCUCGUGAGGUGAUGAGGACUCAGUACGAAUGGCUGUUCAUCAACAUGACAGUUACCACCAGAAACGCCACUGAUUUAGAGGACCAAGACAUCAUUGUUUACACUAUCAACAUGAAGAGGCGGUCCAUCCUCUACAUUGUCAACUUCUUGCUGCCCGUCCUGUUCUUCUUGGGUCUGGACUUGGCUUCCUUCCUGAUAUCAGACAGCGGCGGUGAGAAGCUCAGCUUCAAGGUCACUGUGCUGCUUGCUGUCACUGUGUUGCAGCUUAUUCUGAAUGAAAUUCUGCCAGCCUCGUCCAACAGGAUCCCUCUUAUAGCGGUCUACUGUAUUGGGAUUUUUGGUCUGAUGCUGCUGAGCCUCCUGGAGACAAUUUUCGUGAUGUACCUGAUGGAAAGAGACUCCCAGGACAACGAGGCAAACAGAGACCAAAGCGGGAGUGAGGACUGUGACAGGCAGGAUAAAGCACUCAACAACUGUGACAGAGAGGUAAACAAAUGGACCCGAUGUGCCUGCAUCUAUGAUGUGUCUACUGGCGAGACUCCAACUGAACAGCUGCCUGUGGCCAAAGAGGUGCAGGGCAGCAGCAGCACCAAGCUGAACGAGGAGUACCAGACCUUGGAUAAGCUCUCACAUGAGCUUAAGGAGAUGGAGAAAACACUUUCUCAGUUCCUCAUCAACAGCAAGGUUGAGGAGAAGCCCGGCUACUGGACCAGAAUGGCUAAAAGAGUCAACAAAUUCUUCUUUAUCACCUAUAUAACACUGAUUUUUGUUUUUUUAAUUGUCAUCUUUUUAAAAUGGCAGAAUGUAUUAUGAUGAUCAUCGCUGCAUGAUGAAAACAUGAUUUUCUUAAGCUUUACUGAAUACAUAGCUGGUUAGCACUUGGGAUACAGUAACUUACACUGGCCAAAAAAAGUAUUGUAACUUAAAUAUAAUAUUGAAACAUUAAAACAUAAACUAAACUUAACAAAAUGUGAAAAAUAACAGUUCUGAAGUUAAGUCGAAGUGAGCUAUGUAUUGUGUUGCAGAGACAAAACCCUCUUUACUCCAGCACUCAAACACUGCUCUGUUAGCAAUGUUAUCACACCUAUUCCCACCUGGACUAGAAUAACAGUGUUUUUGAUUUAAAAUCUUUCUCUGCUGGAAGAUUUGCACUCAUGAUAUCUUUGUUUUCCACACUUUGGUUUUAGUCAGACUGAAGAGGAAAUGUUACCUAUACAAUCGAUCUGUGUAUUACAGCUACUGAGGUGCUGUUUUUGCAUGUACACUAUGCUACAAUGAUCUGCUUAUAUUGUAGAAUUAUAGUGCAGUAAUAUGGCAUCUUAUAUGUCUGUAGCAUGUAAUAUACACAAACUCUAAGUGUUGUAGGUGCCAGUUGUCUAGAUUCUUAUUGAAAAUUUCCUGAUCUUUAAAUAUUUGCAUCAAGUUUUGUUCUGGGGAAAUGCAGUCUAGCUAAUAUUAUGGGAUUUACCCAAUAUGUCAUGAUGUAUUCAUUUGAUGAAUGAAAAGUCCUAUGAUCUGUUGGAUGUUAUGUACUGGCUUUAAAAAACAUGUAUCAGUAUGUUUGUAUUGCACAAAUAAACAUCUGAAUAAUAAAUAUUCUU